UGGUGAGCUUCUACUACUGAUGUGCUCUCCCUUUCUAUUCGUGUUUUGGAUCUGGUGGCCUUUCUCCGUGCGUUUUAGCCUUGGUUCAUGUCUUGCUCCUUGCUUCUUCUCGUGUAGAUCGGCUGGUUGAUGGAAUUUGCGGCUAGAAUCUGGCACUUCCUUGCCCGGUCUAGUAGCUGAUAAGAGAUGAUGAGUUUCUGGUGUGUAUAUAUAAGGAAAAUAAAAGAUCAGAGAACUGUAAACUACCGCGUGAAAAAUGAAGAAACAGAUCAGCCAUGGAUAUGGUUUUCCUAUAAUUAGAUUUCUUACACGGAAAGGCAAACGAUUCUGUACCUCAGAAAGAUUUUAAAAGAAGAAUGGCAAUAGAAUAUUCUACCGCGUCUGGAAGAUUUCAAAGACAAUCAAUCAUAAACAUCUGUUUUCCUUUUUCUUUUCAUUCAGUUUUUCCAUUAUAAAUCUGCAUCGUGGGUCAGACCAGACCCUCUAAACAAAAACAUCAACUCAUAGAAGAAAAAAAGGCUUUGUGUUUAUUUGUUGUUGUUGUCCGAGAGAUUAAAGAUUGUAACUCGGUUGAUCGAAAAUGGCAUCAAACGACGCUGGAAGGCCGUUACCAAAAUUUGGGGAUUGGGAUGUGAAUGAUCCGGCGACAGCGGAUGGAUACACGGUGAUAUUCAGCAAAGCCGGUGAAGAUAAGAAGACAGGAAGGAGUUCGACGAAGACUAAUUCUCAGAGGAAACAAGACGGUGAUAAACCAGCGGUCAAGAAAUGGCUCUGUUUCACCUUUUCUUGAUUUCUUUUUCUUGUGUACAUUGUGUCAUCCUAAGAAAGAAACUAGCUUUGAGCCUUUGACAACUUUUGUCGUAGAAGUUUUCUUAUGAUGAAUCAGUUCUGCAUGUGUAUAUUACAGAAUCAACAAAACUUUUAGCUCCAAAUUUCUAGCUGGAAAAUGGAAACACUUGGCGAAAUGAGAACGUUGAAACAUAAUAAUUGUUUUGAGGUAAUCCUGGGCGGACGUAGGCUUGCGGGUAUGGGGCACGUGUCCCCUACUCUU